UUUACAAUUUUACAUCACUACGCAUGAGUCGGCAAAUGUCAAAUUUUUUGAUGUGUAAAAACAAAAGUAUAGGAUAUUCUCGUGUGCUAGAAUUUCUUUCCUAUUAUUUUUUUGUUAUUAACUUAUUGAAUAAAGUCAAAAAAUGAAGCUGCAAAUUAAAACAUUGAGUCAGAAAUCACUGAUGGUCGAUAUCGAUUUAUCAAAGACUGUGUAUGAACUGAAAAAGGAAUUGUCGCUAUAUCCAGACGUUGGUGUUAAGCCUGAGCUGCAAAAACUCAUUUAUGCCGGUAAAAUACUUUUUAAUGAACAGCCAUUAAGUGCUUACAAUAUAGAUGCAAAGAAAUUCCUUGUCGUAAUGGUUUUGAAGCAGCCCGAAGAAAGUGGUGUGGAGACUGCAACUUCGGGUGCAGGCAGUUCUGUGUCCGCGGCUGGCGAGGCAGCCGUUGCCAGAGCUGCAGCUAGCACUCCAACAGCUAAGGAAACUGAAGCAGUAAAAGAAACACCACAACCAGAGGUAAAGCCACCUUCACCACAAACACCAGCGACAACUCCAGCUCCAGUGACUGCUGCUGCGGCUGAGGCUCAGGUCACAACACCACAGCGUACAGCAACUGCACCAGUACAGCAACCACAGCCUACACGACCAACGAGUGGCGUAAAUGAUGAAAUGGUAGCAAAUAUUGUAUGUAUGGGAUAUCCAGAGGUCGAAGUACGUCGUGCAUUGGCAGCAAGUUUCAAUAAUCCAGAACGCGCUAUCGAAUAUUUAAUUGAGGGUAUUCCCGAAUCGGUUUUAAUGCAACCAGAAAAUGCAUUACUGUAUGGUGGUGAAAGUGAUGCUGAUGUAGGCAUGUCACCAUUCGAAAUGUUCCGCAGUGAUCCGCUGUUCCGUAAUUUGCGUCGCGCCAUACAGCAGCACCCAGACCUCAUCAACGACGCCAUACAACGUGUUGGCGAAGCCAAUCCGGCCAUACUACAACUAAUCAACGAAAAUCAACAAGAAUUUCUUAGCUCACUGAUUGAGGGUUCCGACGAUGACGACGAUGAUGAUGAAGGCGCACCAGGUGGCGGUACCAACUAAAUAUGAACACCAGUACUACUUAUACACAUAUAUAUAUAUAAAAUUAAUUAAAUUGUAAACUCAUGACAUUGUACUGGUUACAUUAUAAAUACAGGGAAAGGCCUGUAUAAUGCCGGUUUGAAUGAAUAGUAUAAAAAGUACGAUUCUUAUUUUUCAACUAUCUGCACAUAUGUAUGUAUGUAAGAAAUUUGAGCGCCAUUGUUUGGUAUACCAAAAAUAUUUCUUUAAUUAAAAAUGCUAUUCACUUGCGACCUGUUUCACAAGAACAUUUGCUGCUACUACAAAUAGAAUUCAAUUUCAUUAUAUGCACAUAUGUAUAUGUAUGUACAUACUCAUGUACAUGUUUACGAGAAAAAUGUUGGUAGUUUCUGAACUGAAUUGCAAAAUAAAUAAACAUACUUUAAACGAAA